GAACUAAAAUAAUUCUUUCGAGCGUGUGGCGUUCUUCGCUAAAACCCGUAAGUAGAUGAUCUAACCCCUCGCUGCUGGUGUUGCUCUGGUGUUGCAGGAUAACGAAAUCCCUUCUUCAGUUAUUGAAGGACACUCUCACUUCAGUUUAAUGUCUAGCUCUUCUUCCCUCCUUCCUCUACUCUAAACUCAAUCAUGCACUCCAUUCUCUCCCCUCCUCUGCUUCAAUCACAACCACCAUUUCGAUUUGCACACUACCCACCUUUCACUUCGAUUCUUCCUCUUCCAAAUCGAAGAUUCAUCCCUAACUCCCGCCAAACACCGAGAAACCCUCUCUCUCUCGCUUCCGGUACUUCACCAAUAAGUUUCGCCGUUAACUAUGCGCCCUCCCCUUCAGAACCGGAGACAGAAGAAAACGACAACGUUUUGUUGAAACAACUCGUUCGCGCGCUGUUUUGUUUCGCGGUUGGUUUUUCCGCUUUGGGAGCACUCCGAGCUCGUCCUGCAUUUGCAAUUGCAGCUCCAUGGGGGUUUUUGGGGAAACGAGGAAGUGAGAAAGAGAGAGUGAAGAGUUAUGAGUAUUCGGAUUGCACUGAUAGGUUGUUGGAGACAGUUUCGAGUCUGUUGAGGAGCGUGGAUGAGGUUAGGCAAGGGAAUGGGGACAUGAGCAUGGUGGAGGAGGCGUUGAAGGCCGUGAAAUCGAAGAAGGAAGAGUUGCAAAAAGAGAUUAUGGGGAGGUUUUACCCGAGGUUGAAGAAGUUGAGGAGACAAAGGAACCCAUUGUGGGGACGGUCAGGGGAGAUUAUUAGCGAGAUAUUGAAGGCGAAAGGGGAGUAUGAUAAAUUGAAGAUGAAUGUAGUGAAUGAGAAAGAGAUGGCAAGGAUGAAGGAGUUGGAGCAGAGGGUGGGGGUGCUGGAGGAUGAAUACAAUGCGGUGUGGGAGAGAGUUGGUGAGAUUGAGGACCUGAUUUCGAGGGAGGAGACGCUGGCAUUGAGUUAUGGGGUAAGGGAAAUCUGUUUCAUUGAGAGGGAGUGUGAGCAGAUGGUGGAGAGGUUUAAACAAGAAAUGAGACGCAAGGGCGUUGAAAGUUUGCCUACUGGCUCAGUUACCAGGCUCUCAAAAAUUGUUAUUCAGAAAGAUUUGGAAACUGUACAAAGAAAACAUGCCGAGCAAAUACUUCUUCCUAGCAUUUUGGAUGUUGAGGAUCUUGGCUCAUUCUUUCAUCAAGACUCUAUAAAUUUUGCUCAACGUUUACAAAGAAGUCUUAAAGACUCCAGGGAGAUGCAAAUGAAUUUGGAGGCUCAGAUAAGAAAAAAAAUGAAAAAGUUUGGCAAGGAAAAGCACUGUAUUGUUUACUCACCAGAAGGAGAGGUCAUUAAGGGUUUUCCGGAAGUUGAGUUAAAGUGGAUGUUUGGAAAUAAGGAGGUUCUAGUUCCUAAAGCUGUUGGUCUCCAUUUGUACCAUGGUUGGAAGAAAUGGCGUGAAGAAGCUAAGGCAAAUUUAAAACGGAAGUUAGUAAAAGAUGCUGAGUUUGGCAGACAAUAUGUAGCUGAAAGACAGGAAAGGAUUCUUUUGGACCGAGACAAGGUAGUGUCAAGGACUUGGUACAAUGAAGAGAAAAAUAGAUGGGAGAUGGAUCCAGUGGCUGUUCCUUAUGCUGUCUCAAAAAGGCUGAUAGAGCAUGUCCGCAUUAGGCAUGAUUGGGGUGCCAUGUAUAUUGCAUUAAAGGGGGAGAACGAAGAAUUUUAUGUAGACAUAAAGGAAAUUGAAAUGCUUUUUGAAGGUUUUGGGGGUUUUGAUGGGCUGUAUAUGAAAAUGCUUGCCUGUGAUAUUCCAACAGCUGUUCAUCUAAUGUGGAUUCCUUUCUCAGAUUUGGAUAUCCGCCAACAGUUCCUCUUGAUAUUAAGUGUGUCUAAUGGGUUUUUGAGUGGCUUGUGGAAUUCUGGAGUUGUUGUGAAUGCGAGAAAAUGGAUAUUGAAGAAUAUUAAGGAUACAACUGAUGACAUAAUGAUGUUGACAGUGUUUCCUAUUGUGGAGUUUUUAGUUCCUUACCCGGUGAGGUUACAAUUGGGGAUGGCUUGGCCAGAGGAAAUAUUUCAGACAGUUGACUCCACAUGGUAUUUGAAAUGGCAAUCAGAGGCAGAAUCAAAUUUUAAAUCCAGACAAAACCACGAACCAGAUGAACAAACUCAAUGGUUUCUUUGGUUUUUAGUCAGAGCUGCUAUAUAUGGGUUUGUUCUGUUUCAUGUGUUCAAAUUUAUGAGGAGAAGAAUUCCAACUCUUCUUGGUUUUGGACCCUUGCGAAGAGAUCCAAAUAGAAGGAAGUUGCAGCGAGUGAAGUAUUACAUUAAUAGUAAAUUGAAAAAAAUCAAGCAGAGGAGGAAGGCUGGCGUUGAUCCCAUAAAGACAGCUUUUGAAAAGAUGAAGAGGGUGAAGAAACCACCAAUACCAUUGAAGAACUUUGCUAGCAUUGAGUCUAUGAAAGAGGAAAUCAAUGAAGUUGUGGCAUUUUUGCGAAAUCCAAAGGCUUUCCAAGAAAUGGGUGCGCGAGCACCUCGGGGCGUCCUUAUUGUAGGUGAGAGGGGUACGGGCAAGACAUCUCUAGCAUUGGCUAUAGCUGCUGAGGCUAAGGUGCCUGUUGUUGAAAUCAAGGCCCAAGAAUUGGAGGCUGGGCUGUGGGUUGGACAAAGUGCAUCCAAUGUUCGUGAAUUGUUUCAGACAGCUAGAGAUCUGUCUCCUGUGAUAAUAUUUGUUGAGGAUUUUGACCUGUUUGCUGGUGUACGUGGCACUUUUAUCCAUACCAAAAAUCAAGAUCAUGAAGCUUUCAUCAAUCAACUGCUUGUAGAACUUGAUGGGUUUGAGAAACAAGAUGGGGUUGUGUUGAUGGCUACUACAAGAAAUCUUAAGCAAAUUGACGAGGCCUUGCAGAGGCCAGGUCGCAUGGAUAGAAUAUUUCAUCUUCAAAGGCCAACACAAGCAGAGAGAGAGAAAAUAUUGUACAUGGCAGCAAAGGAAACAAUGGAUGAUCAACUUAUUGAUUAUAUAGACUGGAAAAAGGUUGCUGAGAAGACGGCUCUUUUACGACCUAUUGAAUUAAAACUUGUUCCAGUGGCUUUGGAAGGAAGUGCCUUCCGGAGCAAAGUUCUUGACACAGAUGAAUUGAUGAGCUACUGUGGUUUCUUUGCAACUUUCAGUUCUAUGAUUCCUCCAUGGAUGCGUGAGAUCAGAAUAUUCAAGAAGUUGAGCAAAUCGUUGGUGAAUCAUCUUGGACUAACAUUGACAAAAGACGAUCUGCAGAAUGUUGUUGAUUUGAUGGAGCCAUAUGGCCAGAUAAGCAAUGGGAUAGAGCUUUUGAGCCCUCCACUUGAUUGGACGAGGCAGACCAAGUUUCCACAUGCUGUCUGGGCUGCAGGCCGUGGUCUUACUGCUCUUCUUUUACCAAAUUUUGAUGUUGUUGAUAAUCUUUGGCUUGAACCUCUAUCUUGGCAGGGAAUUGGUUGUACAAAAAUCACAAAAGCAAGAAAUGAAGAUUCCAUCAAUGGGAAUUCAGAAUCUAGAUCAUAUCUUGAAAAGAAGCUUGUGUUUUGUUUUGGUUCUUAUGUUGCAUCCCAAAUGUUACUUCCUUUUGGGGAAGAAAAUUUACUUUCUUCAUCUGAGAUACAACAGGCGCAAGAGAUAGCUACACGAAUGGUCAUUCAGUAUGGGUGGGGACCUGAUGACAGUCCUGCAAUUUAUUACCGUAGUAAUGCGGUUACGGCAUUAAGCAUGGGAGAUGACCAUGAAUAUGUGAUGGCUGCUAAAGUUGAAAAGAUGUUCGAUUUGGCAUAUAUCAAAGCAAGACAAAUGCUGCAGAAAAAUCGCCUGGUACUGGAAAAGAUUGUGGAGGAAUUACUUGAGUUUGAAAUUUUGACUGGAAAGGAUUUAGAAAGAAUUACUAAAGAUAACGGUGGAAUCAGGGAGAAAGAGCCGUUUUCUCUUGGUGAUGUUCAAGCUAGUGAGCCAACAUCUGGAAGCUUCCUUGAAAGAGGAAAUGCAUCAGGAAGUGCUCUACUAGCAUCCUAGAUUAGGAUAGUACGUGCUAUACUAUUAUUCAUUUUUAUUAUAUUAUUCAUUUGUACUUGCAUAAGCACGCAUAGUUUAGGAUAUACAACGUACUAUACUAUUCUGAUGCCUGUGUUCGUUGGGAUGAGAAGACAGCAGUUUUCCUUCGUUUCUUGAUGUCAGCCAGAUCCCAAUUUGUUUUCCUUAGCAUUGUAACAUGAAUUGUUUAUUUUAAUGUUCUUGGACUUUUUAUCGUAUACACCAGCUUUGUUAACAUUUCCUUAGUACUUUGAAGAUACGAACAUAUCCACCGAACUAUAUGUAAUGGUUGUGAUUGUAUUUUUUUC